GCACGACAGCGCAGUGGUGCAUUGUGGGAUUGCACGGCAACGAGAGGAGACUGUGAAGUGCGAGUGCAGAUCUGCUUAUUUAUUUGUAGCCUAAACAUUUCCGAGUAGGAGCUGCUUUAGGGGCCUGAAGCACGAACGAUGAACGCGUCAGUGGCCAAAAAGACGCAGGAAACACUGGGCAAAGUGAUAAAGAAACCCCCGCUAACUGAGAAACUGCUGAGCAAGCCGCCUUUUCGGUACCUGCACGAUAUAGUGAGCGAGGUGAUUCGCACCACAGGCUUUAUGAAGGGCCUCUAUGGAGAAGCAGAGAUGAAAUCAGACAAUGUCAAGGAUAAGGACUCGAAGAUUGUGUUCCUCCAGAAGGUCAUAGACGUCGUGAUGCUGGUGAGUGGAGAACCCGUGGCUGCUAAGCCUGCACGGAUAGUGGCCGGCCACGAACCCGAGAAAACCAACGAGCUGCUCCAGGCCAUUGCCAAGUGCUGCCUCAACAAGCUGUCCAGUGAUGAGGCUGUAAGGCAUGUCCUGGCGGGAGACAAAGUGGACCUAAAAGGGAAAGCCAGCACCUCAAGGUCUCAGGGCAAAGAGAACAGAGAAGAGAAGAUCAGUGUGAACACUGAGCUUAAAGAUCCAGACCUGCCCAAGGACCAGGAGAGCAGGAGGAGGAGUGAAAAAGAACGACACCGAGAUGGAGAGAGGACUGAAAAUACCCGGGAAAGAGACAGGACAAAGGACAGAGAUCGGGAUAAAGACAAAAGCCGUGACAGGGAUAAAGAAAAAGUCAGAGAUCGGGAUAGAGUCAGGGACCAAGAAAAAGAGAAGACCCGGGACAGAGAUAGGGGUGGGACCAAAGACAGAGAACGAGAGAAAAACGGGGAGCGAGAUUCACACAAAAAUAGAGAACGAGAGAAAAACGGGGAGCGAGAUUCACACAAAAAUAGAGAACGAGAGAAAAACGGGGAGCGAGAUUCACACAAAGAUAGAGAACGAGUGCGGGACAAGGACAGAGAGCGAGAGAGGGACAAGCGAAGAGACCGAAACAAAGAGCAUGAACGAGAGAGAGAGCGAGAGCUUCAGAAGGAGGCUGAAGAAAAGAAGAAGGAGAAAACCGCGAAAAAGACUCGAGCUGCAGAGGAAGUGAACAAGCAGAAAUCUCACCCACAGGAGCUGGACAGAAAUCACAAAGCUGAACCAGUGGAGACUGAAAGAGACGACCUAGAUGAGCUAUCAGAUGCUUCUCCAAACCAGAUGGAUGGUCCUGCAAGAAUACCCAGGCCCUCUUCUGCCAAGGGACAGAGACGCCGGCCUAAAUCAGGAGCUCCAGAUGAAUCAGACAGUGAUGGAGCAGGUGACAACCCUCCAGUGGAUAAACCAGUUCAUCUUGAAAAUGGAGAUGCAUCAAAUGCUUUACCACCACAUACAACCCACAGCAGCAGCAGGAGGAUAGCAAGGCCCAGUAGCGCGAGACCGGCCCCACCCCGAGUGAGGAAGCAGGAGAGCUACACUGAUGUAGGCCCAAUGGAUAGACUGGGCAGUGCCAAGCCUCCCUCUGCAGUCAUCAUGGAUGGCAAAAAGCUUUCGGAGGAUGAGGAUGAUGAAGAUGGGCAGUUUGUUGUGGAGGAGGCUGGUCCACUUCCCCCUGACAUGCCUGAGCUAGAGAUAGGUCCAUCAAUUGAACUGCAAGGUGAUGAGAAACACGGUGGGCUUGUGAGGAAAAUCCUGGAAACUAAGAAGGAUUAUGAAUCCUCACCCUCGGCUAUAAAGUCGAAAGACCAGGAUCGGACACCGGUGCUGGAGGCGGCUCGUAAGAAGGAGCACGAGUUAGUGGCGAGAGAGAUCGAGCGUCUACGAACCUCCGUCCAGAAUGUGUGUCGCAGUGCUUUGCCUUUAGGCAAGAUCAUGGACUACAUCCAGGAGGACAUGGACUCCAUGCAGAAUGAGCUGCAGAACUGGAAACGUGAGAACAAAGAACAUGCAGAGGCUCUGAUGCAGGAACAGAGGAUCACCGACAGUGCUGUGAAACCCUUGAAGGCUGAACUGGCUGAGUUGGAGCAGCUCAUCAUAGAACAGCAGAGCAAGAUUUGCACCAUCAAAUCCAACAUCCUGCAGAAUGAAGAAAAGAUUCGAAAGAUGGUGUCCAGCAUCAACGUCUCGCAAACGUGAACAGAAGCAAUAAAACAAAUGGUUCUACGCGCUGAACACGCCGAAAAGAGGAUUCACCCCACGCUCUCACGGUGUGCCAGUAUGGUUAGUACUUUGCACGGGUGUUGGUUGAAAACUGGAAGACGGCAUGGGUGCAAAUCGGGUCACCCUGUUUACAUCUCCAUGACGGUCAAAGGUGCCUUCUGUUACUACCUGAACCUGAAACCUGAAUCUGUUUGGAGAAAAUAAACCCACUCCUGCACUGUGUUAAUAGUCACCCAGAUUUGCACACAUGGUUUGAUUGGGAAUUGGAUAUUUGGUCACAAUGAUAAUGAUGUGGUAUAUAUUUUCUUUUCAAAAUGUCCAGAUUUUAUCUGAUUUAUGUCUAAAGUAAAAAAAAAAAAAAUUACAUUUGCGGGUACAUAA